GGGCUGGCGGGCAGGGAACAGAGGAGAUUUGGUUCCGCAGUGGGCGAGGGGCUGCAGGGCAGAGCGAGAGAGAGGACGGGACGGAGGGAGCGGCAGUGAACAAACCGUGGAGGAGAGGGGGGCCUGACCAGCUAACCCCCAGGCUGAGCGGCGGGAGGCACCAGACAAGAGAAGAGUCUUAACCAAAGCAAACAAAGUCAGUUUCAGCAGUUCUUUCAUUAUCGCUGGGAGACAAAGACAAGGAAGAAUGAUGAAGAAAAGCAAAAUAGGGCUCUGGAUCACUUUUGUCUUUGCCCUUUUCUUUGUCUGUAAACUUUUCUGGUCCCCUGACUACAACUUCUCAUGCGAGCUAAGUCCUGAGCCGUACCUGAUGCAGGAGGAUGACGUGAAACGGAGCAGCGGCAUCAUCUUUGUGGAGACCACAGACCGUCUUGAGCCUUCUCCGUUGGCUUCGUGUUCUGUGGAAUCUGCUGCCAGGGCCUACCCAGACAGACCCGUUCGUUUCUUCAUGAAAGGGCUGAACAGUAACAUGUGGCGCGAUUUAAAUUCCACUUCCACAGCCUUGGCUCUUCUAUCUGCCAUGGAGAACGUCUUCUUUCUGCCUCUCCCGAUGAAAACUAUUUUCUACGAGACCCCUCUGCUCCCAUGGUAUUGCAAGGUAAAUCCAGCCCGGGAGAGGUACUGGCUGCAUGUCAGCGCAGAUGGUAUCAGGCUUGCGCUCAUCUGGAAAUAUGGUGGGAUUUACAUGGACACUGAUGUCAUCUCCAUCAGGCCUGUUCCAGUAGCAAACUUCCUCACGGCCGAGGAUUUCCAGUUGGCCGGCAAUGCGAUUUUUGGCUUUUCUCGCCAUCACAAGUUCAUCUGGGAUUGCAUGGAGGAUUUUGUUCAAAAUUACAGAGGACGUAUUUGGGGCUACCAAGGGCCCAGGUUACUGACAAGGAGGCUCAAGGCGUUGUGCCCCGUAACCAAUUUCCAUAAAGUGGUUACGGAUAUAAACUGUCAGAACAUUUCUUACUUACAUCCUCAGCGUUACUACCCCAUCCCCUACGUACAAUGGAAUCGGUACUUCCAGGUCUGGGAGAAAAGCGUCGACUUCAACAACUCCUAUUCUCUGCAUCUGUGGAACUACAAGAACUGGAAACACAAACGUGUGGUUGCAGGAAGUAACACCUUAGUGGAAAACCUCUUCAAAACAUAUUGCCCCACCACGUAUAAAGUCCUUAUUCAAGGCCCAGAAGGCAGUGUUCCGUAAGUAACAAAACAAGACUGAAUGACAGCAUUUAGCGGAACAACGUGACUCUUCCAGCCAUCAUGGUCCUGGGACUGAAAUAAAUUGUGCACAACACGGAUCUCCUGAGUCAGUGACUCUCAGCCUUUUUCUGUCUGCCGGUGACUUUGUAGGACAGAACCUCUCACAAUCCACCUCUUCUCUGAAGAUUCCCCAGGAGCUAAUGAAAUCAGUAGGCAAGCAAGGGUGUAAAUCCCUCUGGGGAUGACUUGAUAAGUGUGUCUUGUCCUUUUGGGAAUGUUUUCCAAAGCACUGAAGAGAUCGAGGAACCUGCGUCCUCUUGUGAAAAGUCACGUUGGCUUUGGGUUCCAAAGCUCCACUGAAAAUCAGGCCUUUGGUGCCUACAGAUGCCUGUAACUGCUUUUGAAAAUCCCAUUGGGCAUCUCUCCUCCCCUGGAGGUGUCUAAAUGCCUUUCAUCAUUCGUCCUCUUGGAUGCUUUUGGAAAUUGUGCCCGGUCAUUUGCUGUGAGUGUCUAUAGCACCCUGUGCAAUGAGACUGAGGCUUCACCGUGUUACUGUAAUAUUGAUGUUCAAUAACGGUGAAUACAGUGGCGCUCAGCGAACAACGGCCCGCACCUCCCGCCCCCCUCGAGGUGUUUAAUACAAUUGUUUGUUUCUCCUUUGCUUCAGCUCCG